AAAAAAAAAAAUUCAAUAAAAAACGUUGUUUCCAUUUUUCCCUCUUUCUUUACUACUAGUGUGCAGAGCCCUCUCUCCCGCCGGCCAUCGAAAUUUUGUCCCAUGCUCUCAUCAGUGGAAUGUCCUUACCUCAUCAAUACCCUCCAUAGUUCACCAAUCUCCUUCUCUUCAACUGUUCUAGGGUUUCUCACUCUCUCUCACUUCGUCUUCAUCGCUCUCCAUGGGUUCUCUCUUUCCCGCCAUUUCUAUCGUUUUCCUCGUCUUCUCUAUUUUCUCAGCUGUUCACUCAUCGACGAUCGGCGUCGAUUACAUUUCGCGCCUUCUGGGAAUUCAGGAGCGCGAGAGAGCUCCUCCCUCAGUCCAACUAGCCGCAGCUCGUGGUGUUCUUCGAAGGCUGCUCCCGUCUCAUUCUUCCGCAUUUGAAUUUCGAAUUGUCUCCAAGGAGCAAUGUGGCGGGGAGUCUUGCUUUAUUAUAAAAAAUCAUCCUUCUUAUACUAGACCUGGAACUCCAGAAAUUAUAAUUUCUGGGGUCACUGGAGUGGAAGUCUUAGCUGGUCUGCAUUGGUAUUUGAAGUACUGGUGUGGUUCACAUAUAUCUUGGGAAAAAACUGGUGGUGCGCAACUAAAUUCAAUACCUGACUUAGGCUUUCUUCCCCGUGUUCAAGUUUCUGGUAUCUCGGUUCAGAGACCCAUUCCUUGGAAUUAUUACCAGAAUGCUGUUACAUCUAGUUAUACUUUUGCAUGGUGGGACUGGGAAAGAUGGGAAAAGGAAAUCGAUUGGAUGGCUCUCCAUGGUAUCAAUUUACCAUUAGCAUUUACGGGGCAAGAGGCUAUUUGGCAAAAAGUUUUCAAGAAAUUUAACAUAAGCAAGGUGGAAUUAGAUGAUUUCUUUGGAGGGCCUGCAUUUCUCGCGUGGUCACGUAUGGGAAAUUUGCACAGAUGGGGAGGCCCACUACCACAAAGCUGGUUAGAUCAACAAUUAAUCCUGCAAAAGAAAAUUCUCACAAGAAUGUAUGAACUUGGAAUGAACCCAGUACUUCCAGCCUUCUCUGGAAAUGUUCCUGCAGCAUUAGCAAACAUAUUUCCAUCAGCAAAGAUAACACGCUUAGGAAAUUGGUUUUCCGUUAAGAGCGAUCUUAGAUGGUGCUGCACCUAUCUUCUUGAUGCAACAGAUCCAUUGUUCAUUGAGAUUGGAAGAGCAUUCAUUGAGCAGCAAAUAAAAGAAUAUGGAAGGAUAAGCCACAUAUACAAUUGUGAUACUUUUGAUGAGAAUACUCCACCUGUUGAUGACCCAGAUUACAUAUCUGCGUUAGGUGCAGCAGUCUUUAAGGGAAUGCAAAGUGGUGAUAAUGAUGCAGUCUGGUUGAUGCAGGGCUGGCUGUUCUCAUAUGAUCCUUUCUGGAGACCUCUGCAAAUGAAGGCACUGUUACAUUCUGUUCCUCUAGGGAGGCUGGUGGUCCUUGAUCUAUUUGCUGAAGUGAAACCUAUAUGGAUUACAUCAGAGCAGUUCUAUGGUGUCCCUUACAUCUGGUGUAUGCUACACAACUUUGCAGGAAAUAUAGAGAUGUAUGGAAUUUUAGACUCCAUAGCUUCUGGGCCAGUUGAAGCCCGUGCAAGUGAAAACUCAACAAUGGUUGGUGUUGGAAUGUCAAUGGAAGGUAUAGAACAGAAUCCUGUUAUCUAUGACCUCAUGUCUGAAAUGGCAUUUCAACGUAAAAAAGUUGAUGUCAAGGCAUGGAUUGAUCUAUAUUCAACAAGGCGUUAUGGUCGAUCAGAUCCUUUAGUACAGGAUGCCUGGAAUAUACUAUAUCAUACAGUUUACAACUGCACUGAUGGUGCCUAUGAUAAAAACAGGGAUGUAAUUGUAGCAUUCCCUGAUGUUGAUCCUUUCUUCAUCUUAGCAUCGCAUAAGAAGUAUCACCACAAUGGCAAACCAGUAUCAAGAAGGGCAGUCCUGAAAGAAAAUUCUGAUUCAUAUGAUCAUCCUCACCUGUGGUAUUCCACUUCUGAAGUUAUACGUGCAUUGGAAUUUUUAAUCAAAGGUGGGGAGGAAUUAUCAGGAAGCAGCACUUACAGCUAUGACUUGGUUGACCUGACAAGACAAGCUUUGGCAAAAUAUGCAAAUGAGCUGUUCUUGAAGAUCAUUGAAUCCUAUCAGUCCAAUGAUGUCAAUGGAGUUGCUAACUUGAGCCAGAAGUUUCUGAAUCUUGUUGAAGACAUGGACACGCUCUUAGCAUGCCAUAAGGGUUUUCUUCUAGGACCUUGGUUAGAAAGUGCAAAGCAACUUGCCAAAGACAAAGAACAAGAAAGACAAUUUGAAUGGAAUGCAAGAACUCAAAUAACAAUGUGGUUUGACAACACAGAGGACAAGGCAAGCCUUCUGCGUGACUAUGGGAACAAGUACUGGAGUGGUCUCCUAAUAGAUUACUAUGGCCCCCGAGCAGCUAUAUAUUUCAAAUACUUAAUCUCAAGUUUGGAAAAUGGGCAUGGUUUCCCGUUAAAAGAAUGGAGGAGAGAGUGGAUAAAGCUGACAAAUAACUGGCAGAAAAGUCGGAAUAACUUCCCAGUGGAGAGCAAUGGAAAUCCUCUGAUUAUUUCCCGGUGGCUUUACGAGAAGUACUUGCACAGCCCUGAUACAUAUGAUCAAUAAUUAAAAGCUGCCGCAGGCGUUAAACCUUGGACAAGGUCAUAAUCUUGCUUGCCCCUUCCUUUUUAAGUUCAUUUGUGAUGACUACUAAUAAAAUUAAUUAAUGCAUGGAAUGCAGAAACAAUUUCUUUAAAAUGAAA